AAAUAUCUCGAUGCCCGACGACUCGGACGUAUCCUACCCCGCUCGACCCUCGUAAACUUUUUUUCGGUUGUCACAACGAACCCCAGUAGCACCAUGAAGACUUCUGCCAUUGUCGCCAUUCUUGCCGUCAGCGGCGCCUCCGCCUUUACUCCCAAUACCAAUGCGCCCCAACAAUUGACCAAGGUCGGCGCUACGGCUGAGCUCGACAACAUGCUCGGUGUCGAUAUCGAAACGGGCAAGAAGAUUUUUGACCCGGUCGGUUUGGCGCAAUGGGCUCCGGCGGAUUUCCUCCGCAAGGCCGAACUCUCCAACGGGCGUUCCGCCAUGCUUGCCAACGUUGGUUGGUUCUGGCCCAAGAUUGUGGGAACCUUCGAUUCCCAGGAUGUCACUACCACCGACCCUAUCAAGGCCAUUGCCGAAGCCGAUCUCCAAUGGUGGGCCCAAUUCUUUGUCUUUUGUGGUAUGCUCGAAGCCGUCAAGUACCGUGGUGAACUGGAGGGCAAAUCCUACACCGGUGAAGGACCCGCCGUUAUAGAUUGGGCCAAGCAGUGGGAUAAGCUGAACGCGGACCAGAAGGAAUCCAUGCGCUUGAAGGAACUCAAGAACGGACGCCUCGCAAUGUUGGGAUUCGCUUCCUACGUCGCCAACUACUACAUUCCGGGAUCCGUUCCUGGUCUGCCGGCUGGAUUCUAAGUGACCUUCGUCGCUACCGUUUAACGCUUGCGGUAGAUCGUAACGCGAUUGCUAUCUCUGGCUGCUGCUAAACUAUGAAAUGUUUAGAUUGGUCGAGCGGUACUACAUAGCCUGCGACUACAGACACGUAAUAUUAGGACGUAGACUAUACCGUAC